AUGAAUAAUACAUUAAGUGAUACUCUGGCUUCUUUAUCCAAUGAUUUUCAAGGAACUGAAAAUGUAGAGGGACAGUUAAGUGAUUAACAAAAAGUGAAGUAAUCUAAACUAAAAAUAUAUUACAGAUUUGUGAACUUGGGUAUGAUGACUCCUAUGAGUAACACUUUGACAUAUGAUUUUGAACAAAUAACUUUGGACACUUCUCCAAAAGAAAGUAUUGUGAAUCUUAUAAAUUAUGAAAAUAUUGACACAAUAUAUGAAUAAGAAGAAAAUAAAUGCAAAUUAUAAGUAGAUUUAUUCAUAUAUAUAUAAAAGAAAUAUCAAAGUUUCAAAUUAUCUUAAGAUUAGAUUAGGAAAUCAUCUAAACAUAAUACAUAUUAACCAUAAUAGACUAUGUCAUAAUUGAAUAUUGGAGAAUAAAACUUAGACACUCAUAUAAAUUAACAAUCACCAGAAACAUCACCAAUGAAUGCUCAGACAUUGAAAUUUAUUAAGGAACUCUGGAAUUCAGAAAAAAAUGAAACAGAAUAUUUUAAAGACAUUAUUGAUGAUUAAAAAAUACCAAUUAUUGAAUAUAAACUACCUUCUCUAAAUAUAUAUUCACCUUUAAUGGAUUUUAAUAGUCCUAUUUAUAAACAUGAUAUUGAAAUGGAUUUAUACAUAACAAGUUUGGUGGUUAUAAUUUAUAUUUAAUAUUAGGAUUCAUUAUGGGGUAAUCAAAUAAUAAGUAGAAAAUUACAAAAGAUGUUAGAGACUGGAUCAAAUGAAUAAAAAGAAUUAAUUGUGUAAAAAUUGGAAAGAGUUAGUCCUGAAAUAGAGAAAGACAUAUUUGGCAAUUAUGUUAUAUAAAAGAUAUUUGAAUGCAGUAUAUAUUUAUAUAUAUUAUUAAUAUAGCUAAUAAUAAUUUGUAAUAUAGAAUAUUCAUAAAACUGAAACCUCAUUUUUAUGAUUUAUCUAAAAAUACUUUUGGAUGUAGAGUAAUGUAAAAAUUAAUUGAAUACACUUAUAAUCGAAAUGAUCUUCAACUUUUAGUAUUAUAAUAAUUAUAAUCCAAUAUGAGAUCUUUGAUAUAUGAUUUAAAUGGAAAUUAUGUGAUUUUUAAAAUGCUUGAAACUUUUGAUAAAUAAAAAAUGAAAUUUAUGAUCCCUUUAAUAGAAGAAUCAGUAUUUCAUAUAAUUAUUAUUUCCAUAGUUCAACUACAUGGGAUAAUAAAUUUAUGGGUGCAAAAUUAUUCAUAAAAUUAUUUAGUAAUAUUCUCAACAAUAAAUUACAAAAAUCAUAAGAUCUUCAGUUUAAAAUUAUAAUAUCUUAAGUUAAACAGAAUAUGGGAAUUAUGUAUUACAACAUAUUCUAUAAUAUUGGAUUACAAGUUAAGAGAAAAUCCUUUUAGUCCAAUUAGUUUUACAAUAGUUUUUUUAAUUAAGCAUCAAUAAAUAUGCAAGGUACAUUUACUAUAUAUAAAAUUACUAGUAAUACUGUUGAACGAGCAUUGGAAGCUAUAAAUAAACAAGAUUUAAUUUCUAUUAUGAAAUGGCUACUUUGCAGAAGUCCUAAUCAAUAGUAUAUAAUAAAAUUAUUAUUAAUAGCACAAGCAAUUUCGUUGUAUUAGCUAAUCAUCAAUAUGCAAAUUAUGUAAUCAAGAAAUUCUUAAUACUAAGUGAUCAUAAUGUAUUAAAAUAUAUUUCAGAUCAUUUGAAUUAGAAUUAAUCUGAAUAAAUAGCGAUUAAAUCAACUGUUCAUGGUAAUUAUUCUUUUGUAAUUUAGGUCAAAGAAUAAAUAGCUUCUUAGAUAAGCAAAUUUAAAAUUGA